GCUGCCAGAGAGGAUCUCUGGGUAAAGAUCAGGGGAGAGGAAGGCAGGAAGAGCCUGUGACUGCAGUCCCAUUCCAGCAAAAGACUGAAAAAAUCCUAACACCUACGCUAGGCGAAAGUAGCAAACUUCUCCAAUGGAUCACGACUGUCAGUGUAUAUACCUUGUGGGUGCAGCUCUUGGAGCAUUAGUGGCCAUUGUACUGUUGUGGCUGGGGCACCGUCUGGGUGUCCUCUACCAGCUCUUUCAUAAGGUGGAAACUCAAAGUCCUUGUCAUGGAGGAGAGGUAGUAGCUCAAGUGCUACAGUCCCAUGGUGUAAAAUUUAUGUUCACCCUAGUUGGUGGCCAUAUUUCUCCCAUAUUGGUUGCGUGUGAAAAGUUGGGAAUACGUGUGGUGGACACCAGGCAUGAGGCUACUGCGGUAUUUGCUGCUGAUGCAGUAGCCAGACUUUCAGGUACAGUUGGUGUGGCAGCAGUGACAGCCGGUCCAGGUUUAACCAACACUGUGACAGCUAUAAAGAAUGCUCAGAUGGCGGAGUCCCCCCUCCUGCUGAUCGGUGGAGCCGCUGCAACAUUGCUACAGGGGCGAGGCGCUCUCCAGGACAUAGACCAGCUGUCCCUUUUCAAGCCUAUCUGUAAAUUCUGUGCCUCUGUCAGGACUAUACGUGAGAUUGUCCCUGUGUUACGGAAAGCUCUGGCUGAAGCCCAGUCAGGAACCCCUGGCCCUGUUUUUGUAGAAUUUCCAAUAGACAUUCUGUAUCCAUACCAUAUCAUCCAAAAAGAGUUAGCCCCAAAAGGAGCACCUAAAGGGAUCAUGGGAAAAAUAAUCAACUGGUAUUUGCAGAAUCACCUGAAUAACUUGUUUGCUGGGGCGUGGGAGCCCAGAGACACUUCGCCUCUUCCCGUCUCCAUCCCUCAGGCGACUACUGAGCAGAUCCAGCAAUGUGUGGAAUUGUUGAGUCGAGCUAAGAAGCCGGUCUUCAUCCUGGGCAGUCAGAGCACGCUGCCUCCGACGCCUGCUGACAACCUCAGGAAGACUUUGGAGUCUUUGGGUAUUCCGUGUUUCUUGGGUGGAAUGGCUAGAGGCAUGUUGGGAAGAGACAGCCCCAUCCACAUUCGUCAGAACCGCAGGGAUGCUCUGAAGGAGUCUGAUUUAGUGAUACUGGCUGGUACAGUUUGUGAUUUCCGUCUUUCCUAUGGCCGCGUCUUCAACAGACGUAGUAAGAUCAUAGCUGUGAACAGAGACCGCUCUCAGCUCCUCAAGAACUCAGAUAUGUUUUGGAAGCCAACUGUUGCUAUUCAAGGUGACGCUGGUUCAUUCAUACUGAGGCUUGCAGAAGGACUUCGGGGGUACACGUGUCCCUCGGACUGGACAGAAGGCCUUAAAGCUGGAGACAUAACUAAAGAGAAGGCAAACGAACAAAAAGCUGAAGAGAAAACUGAAAGGCAUCUGAAUCCUUUGAAAGUUCUGCAUCUUGUCGAAGAGGCUUUACCGGAAGACAGCAUCAUUGUAGCAGAUGGUGGAGACUUUGUAGGCAGCGCUGCUUACAUUCUCCGCCCAAGGGCACCACUGCGCUGGCUGGAUCCAGGUGCUUUUGGCACUUUGGGAGUUGGAGGAGGAUUUGCCUUGGGUGCCAAACUGUGUCGGCCAGAAUCGGAGGUUUGGGUUGUAUUUGGAGACGGCUCGUUGGGUUACAGCAUUGUAGAGUAUGACACAUACACGCGCCAUAAGACGCCCAUCAUUGCUGUUGUUGGAAAUGAUGCCUGCUGGAGCCAAAUCUCUCGAGAACAAGUUCCUAUGUUGGGGAGCAAUGUUGCAUGUAGUUUGGCAUAUAAUGAUUAUCAUGUUGUGGCAGACGGCUUUGGCGGGAAAGGUUUCCUGGUCACUCGGCAAGAUGAAGACAGAAUAGGUGACAUCAUCAAGGAAGCCCAGGAAACGGCUAAGAAAGGGAAAUCGGCACUGAUCAACGUGCUCAUAGGAAAAACAAAUUUCCGAGAUGGUUCGAUCUCAGUGUAAACCAGUUAUGGCUGAAGAGCAGUAUCCUACUACUAAACCUUUGAGUGGCCAAACUCCGUGUCCAUUGUUAGAUCCUCUACCAGUUCUGUAUGAGCAGUUGUUAGUACCUACAAAUGUCUCAAAUAGAGCUUUCAGAUCUUUUUAGAUCGCAAAUUCUGUGCCGAUAAAAUUAGUAAUAUAUCUUAAUAGCAACAAGAGUUAAAUUUUUCUGAUACAGAUAUAGAUUUAAAACAUAACAUUCAGGCUACCUGCAGUCGCCACUAGAGGGAGCUUUGGAUCUCAAUGCAUACAUAAAUUAUUAUUGAUCUGCAUGUGACAUUACACAUUAAGCUACCUGUAGUGGUGGCUGCAAGCGGUCUGAGCAUUAUGUCUAUACUGGGAAUUUGGAUCUUUGCAUAAGACAAGAAUAUAUUAGGCAUUCAUCUGUGUAAUGUGAACAACACACUUUUUGUAGCUGCUCUCCACUCUAGCUAAAAAUAGAGGGGAGAGGGUCCCUCAUUCUGUAAUAGGGUAUAUAAAAAUGGGUAUUCUAAACCAGAAAGCCCAUAAUAGCUGAACAGAUUAUGUAACAACUUGACAGCUCAUGGACGGAAUAUGGCAGUAGUUUUGAGGCUGAUUUUACCUAAUUAUGGUUUCCCGGCUAUUGCGUUGAAAUAAGAUGUCACUCCCUACUCUCCCAACUUUUUA